CGCCAUCACUCAAUUAGGUAAGUCGCGAACACGACGCGUCUUUCCUCCUUACCACUGCUGUGGCCCGCCUUGUGCGGUGGAUUGAAGAUGAAGCAAAAGCGUCGGCGUGCGCCCACGAGCCCGCUGGAACUUGCGAAUCGCAAGACCGACGAGGAGUUCAUCGCCACUUAUCUGCAGCCAAGUCCUGCGGACUCCGCCUGGGUAACCACAUGGACCCAUCCACGGACAGCUGCCGAGUACAGCAUCAGUCUGGUACGGGCUGGCCGCCUCUCAGAGGACGAUCUCACGGCUUGCUUCCAUUUAAUCGAGCAGACCAGCAAAGAGGACUAUGAAAACUCGGCUGUGAAGUGGCAUCCCGAAAAGAAAAUCGCAGAGAUGAGGUCUCCCGACCUGCGGUACAUCUUGGUCCGGGAAGCGGAUACCAGCACGAUCCGCGCCUUCACGUCGCUGAUGCCCACCUACGAGGAGGGCCAGCCGGUCAUCUACUGCUACGAGAUCCAUCUGCAUCCGGAGCUUCAGGGGACCGGGUUAGGCACGCUGCUCAUGGGCUUCCACUCGACUGUCGCUGCCAACCUGCCGCCCGUGACCAAGGUCAUGCUGACGUGCUUCUUGUCAAAUCAGCGAGGGCUAGCCUUCUACAGGAAGCUGGGCUUUGAGAAAGACGAGAUCUCCCCCGGCCCCAGGAAGCUCCGCUACGGAAAGACAUUCGUCCCGGACCAUGUCAUCAUGAGCAAGCCUGUCCGCUCAAGCACGGAGAGCGAGAACAGUGCUUCUGACCGAGUUGCUUGACCGUCGAUCAGGCGGGAGACACCGCGGGACUGCCCAUUGUUUUAUUUGGCAUGUUUACCACUUGCCAGAAACAAC